GGUUUAGAAACUAGCGAAUAUGCUUUGUUCUGUCUCUCUCUUCCUCUUUCUGCUAAGAAAAGAAACCAAAAAAAUAGAGGAGAGAGAAGUUAGAUUGUGAAACAUAAGGAGAGAAGAAGAGAAAAGGGGUUCCUUUGGUUUUUCCAUCUCUUUCUGUUUCUCUCUAACUUUUCCCUAGAAAAUUGCAGAAAGAAAGAAAAUUUUAAGAAAAAGAAGGAAAAUUUAGAGAGAGAUGGAGAAGAGAGAAGACAAUGGAGAUGUGAAGGUUGUUGGGGGAGUGGGAUCUAACAGUAAGUUCCCAUUGAGCUUCUGGGAGGUGGCUGUGGCUUCCACGGUCCUUUUGGGCUUCGUGGUUGGCCUUCUGGUCGUUUACCUAACCAUGCCCGCAUCGGAUUAUAGCUUUCUCAAGCUCCCUCGUAGCCUCCAAGAGCUUCAAAUCCUCAGAGUUCACCUUGAGGACUACACAAGUGACUACACUGCUCAAGUUCUGUUGGGGUACUGCAUGGUUUAUAUAUUUAUGCAGACUUUCAUGAUCCCUGGUACUGUAUUCAUGUCCUUGCUUGCUGGUUCCCUUUUUGGGGUUUUCAAAGGCGUAGCUUUGGUGGUGUUCAAUGCCACUGCUGGUGCAUCUUCUUGUUACUUUUUGUCAAAGUUGAUAGGGAGGCCCAUUGUCUUCUCUCUUUGGCCUGACAAGCUGCAGUUUUUCCAAAACCAGGUGGCUAAAAGAAGAGAUGGACUUUUAAACUACAUGUUGUUUCUACGAUUGACUCCAACCUUGCCAAACACGUUUAUUAAUCUUGCUUCACCAAUAGUGGAUGUACCCUAUCAUAUUUUCUUCCUGGCAACCAUAAUUGGUCUGAUACCAGCUGCUUAUGUCACUGUCAGGGCUGGAUUAGCUCUUGGAGAGUUGCGAUCCCUUGGGGAUCUCUAUGAUUUCAACUCAAUAGCCACCUUGUUCUUCAUUGGAGUUGUCUCAGUUACUCCCACGUUAGUGAGCAAGAGCAAAUCAUAGCAUCUCACUUGCUGAACUUUGCUUGGUGUACAUGAGGCCCUUGUUCUGCUUGCGCUUGCAGUCAUUUGGAUAACACCUCUGUACAGUUAGCAUCUGUCCGCAUUUGAAGAUAACUGCCUUUGUCGGAUCUCCAUUGGAUAAGAUUAUAUGCUGAAGGCGUGUGCUUGGAUGAAACUAAUUGACUGUCAUGGUUUACUGCAUUGGUCGGUGGGGUUGGGUGUAAAUGUGUAAUGUAAAUUCAUUUUCAGUGUCAAGAAUGUCUCCAAUUUCUUAGGGUAUGUAUAUCAUUGGCAGGAAAAAUGUAAAGGCAGUCUAGUCAAGUUCUGAGCUUAUCUCAGUUCUAGUGUUGAAUUGGAAGUCCCAACUUAACAGUAGUAUUGUGUUUCAUCAAAUUGACCACUAAAACGUCAGUAUGAAAUUUCUUUAAGACAA